AUGGCCAUCAGUAAGACUGAUUCAAUCCUGAUCGUGGGUGCCGGUGCCUUCGGCCUCUCGACCGCUUUUGAGCUCACCAAGCGGGGAUAUACCAAUAUAACUGUCGUGGAUCGGUUCGUCCCGCCAGCGGCAGAUGGAAGCAGUGCCGACAUUUCGCGCAUCAUUCGUGCCGACUAUGCGGACCCUGUUUACUCUCGAAUGGCCCAGGAGGCAUAUGCCGGGUGGACCACGGAGUACAAAGAUCAGUACUUCGACUCGGGAUUUGCCAUGCUAUCGCAAACGCCAAAUAACCCUUACAUAGAGGAGUCUAAGAGGAACAUCCUGGCAGCAGGUGGCAAAUUGGACGAGCUUCCCGAUGCCACGGAUCUUCGCAAGCUCUACCCCAGUGUUCAGGCCAACUUGGCUGGCAUGAGCGGCUAUCACAAUCCAAGGGGUGGCUGGGCCAAUGCUGCCGGUAGUAUCCAACAGUUGGCUUCCAAGUGCUCUGUAGCAGGAGUCUCAAUUAUUUCAGGGCCUCGUGGCAUGGUUCUCUCACUGCGCCGGGCAGGCUCACGAGUUAUUGGCGUCAAUCUUGUCGGGGGGCAGGUAUUACUUGCUACGCAGGUGAUUCUCAGCACCGGAGCAUGGACGAACCGUCUUUUGAACAUGGGCCAAGCGGCAUCCUCCUCUGGUCAGCCUGUUGGCUUUAUUCAGCUGACCGAGGAGGAGGCGCUCGAGAUGAGGAAGAUCCCAGUGAUGAUCAAUAUGAGCACCGGUGUCUUUUCAUUCCCGCCCACGCCAGACACACAUGUUCUCAAGCUAGCGCGUCACGGCUACGGUUACGCUACCAAUGCCACUUUCAAUGUGGACGGAGUGCAGAAGACGCUCUCGUCACCAAAGUUCGAGUCCAGCAACGCAACCAGUGGAUACAUUCCCGACGACGCAGAUGAAGGUCUACGCGAGGGUCUGCGUCAGCUUUUCCCCAAGCUCGGCGAUCGCCCUUGGUUGAACCGUCGGCUGUGUUGGUACACCGAUACCCCUAAGGGCGACUUCAUUAUUGACCACCAUCCCAACAUGCCGGGCCUGUUCAUAGCUACUGGUGGUUCAGGACAUGCUUUCAAAUUCCUGCCUGUCCUGGGUAAAUAUAUCGCGGACUGCUUUGAGAACAUCGCGCCUGAGUCCCUGCGUCAAAAAUGGAGGAUGAUCCCACCGCAAGGCGACUCUAUGGCUCCCAUGUCAGGCGAUGGUAGCAGAGGAGGCCCUCCCCUGAGAAAGUUGAGCCCGCUCGAACAGGCCAAGCUGUGA